CUAGUGAUGAGACAUGAUUUUUAUGGCCGAGAGUUGCACAUGAACGUGCAAAUCCCAUCAUUAAACUACACAAAAAUGCCUCCGGAUCUCAGUCAUCUGUUCAAAACAUGUCUAUCCAAUUUCGGUUAUCGAUAACAAGCACCCGGCUAGUCUAGACCGAAUUUUUACGUUUAGUAUUUGUUUGGUGAAGUUCAAAUUCCCAGAAUUUGGUCUGUGCCUUCGGCAAGUAACUCGUCGUGAAGAUCACAAGGAACCAACCACACUGGUCUGACCUCUGACCAUCUUAGCAUACUCCGCCACGAUGAUCUUUUGGAGGAUGAAAAAGAUCGCUCUUUGAAUUUUCUCUCCGCAUCUCAUCCUUUUUCCUAUUCCUUUUUCUCAGGAGAACGAAAAAAAAGCGGUUUUGCACUGAACACUGACUGACUCACCAUGACGAUGGGUUCAAGACCAUUCACCAUUACUAAUGUACCUCGGUUGGUGCGCCGGUUCGGCCACGUUGCUAGAGCUAUCGAAGAGAAACCUCCCGUACAAGGUACCGGGCCUCACUUUUACAUGAACAAGAUUCUUGAUCAAUUCGUGCAACAAAAGACCACACCCAUUACACUUCGCCAAUUGGUGUUUUACGAGCGACAUAAAAAUGAAGACAGGGUUCUCAAAUCCGCCAAUUACGUCAGAACCGAACUGCCGAUACGGCUUUCCCAUCGCAUCCGAGAAUUUCAGAAACUUCCUUUUAUUGUCGGCACCAAUCCUCACAUCCAACAUAUUUACGACUUGUAUUGGCGAGCGUUUGAGCGGUUUCGAAAAGUACGACCCAUUACAACCAUGCAGGAAAAUGAUGCCUUUUGUGCUAUUCUCAGCGAAUCACUUGAAGCGCAUCUUGUAGCGAUUCCGCGCUUAGCGUUGGGAAUAUCUGAAUGCCAACAACAUAUGAGCUCCGAACGGAUUGAUCGGUUCAUGAAUGGUACAUUGCGAUCUCGCAUAUCGCGGCGCGUCUUAGCAGAACAGCAUCUCGUCCUUUCUGAAUACGUCCCUCAUACCGCCCAUCAACCCUCCAAUGGAUUUUCCCUGUCACAGGAACGACCCAAUCGACGCACCACCAUCUUCAGCAGCUGCUCUGCACAUGACACCGUCAACAAAUGCACAGCAUGGGUCCAGGCUCAUGCACGCCAAAUCGCAUCGAAAAAUCACACCUGGGUGUUACCAGAAGUUCACAUCAAUGGGAAUCCCAAAGACACUCGAUUUACUUACGUUGCCGAUCACAUCGAAUAUAUCCUCUACCAAAUUCUUUCCAACUCUCUACGUCACGUUGUAUCGGCCCACUCUCCACCUUAUCCGCCCAUCCAAGUCACCAUCUGUUCGAACCCCAGCGACAUCUUUUUCCGCAUCUCCGAUCAAGGCGGCGGCAUGUCGAACGAAACCCAUCGACACUUGUGGUCGUAUGGACGAAAACCUGAUUUGCUGGAUAAUUUUCGUCACGUAGCGCAGCUGGAGGCUAAAAUGUCUGAGCAUGAUCAUAUGAAAGCACAACUGGGGAUUGGACUGCCGAUGAGUCGAGUUUAUGCAGAGUACUGGGGUGGCGCGAUCAAUGUGGUUUCCAUGGACGGCUGGGGAACCGAUGCGUAUUUGCGAAUCCCGAAAUUAGGCACCCAGAACGAAAAUCUUUACUUUGAGGAACAAGAGCAAGAUGAUGAUGCCUUUCAUGCUUCAUCGUCGGUGCGCCAACCUCGCCCUUUUAUAUACUAGUCCCGACACUGCCAUUGUAUAAAGGUUUGCUUCUGCUGCAUACCGUAAUACGUUUCAAAUACGUAUAAGUUGCAAAAAGAACAGACGAAGAAAAAAAUAGGAAAAAAAAAAAAAGAAAAAACAACAAAGUCUAGCGCCAGGUGAUCUAGACAAGUGUGUGCAAUAAUGUAUAGUUUGUAGAUGAUCCCACAUGUUGUAUUCCAUAUCCUUGUUUACUAUGCGCAGCACCCUCCCUAUUCUAUACAGAUGAUACCUUUGCCAUAGUGUAUUCAAUGCAUUAUUAUGCUGGAAACAAAUAAUUAUUUUCUCUGAUUUCUGUAACUUGGGCUUUCUAUUGUCAUGCCAAUCCUGGGC